UGCACGCCGGUCAGGAGGUGGUGGUGGAGUGGGAGGAGGGAGGGAGGGAGCAGAGACAAGACGCAGAGAGAGACAGAGGAGGAAAAGGAACGACACGAACGAGCGAGAAGGGGAAGCGAUUGGCGAUCGAUGGUUGGCGGGAGAUGGGGCCCCAAGCCUGGAAGCGACCUCAGCGUCGUCUGUUCUCCUCCACGGGCCCCCCAUGCAAAGAGGGACAUGGACCCUGGGAUGGCGUGCGGAUUGGUGUGGAUGGGGGUAACGCACGCACACCAGACGCAGACGAACAACGAACCACAGCUGCUAGCACCGUCUCUGAUCCGUCUCCUCCUCCCUCCUCCCACUGGGACAAGACAAGACGGGGAGAGGAACCAUCUGUGGGAGGUCGUGUUCAACAUCCUGGUCACCUCCACCGGGCGCAGGUUCGAUUGGAACCUCGUCCCUGACAUGAUCCUUGCCCCAUCCAGGCACCUCCAAAGGCUCCAGAGUGCAAAGGAACGUCAACCAGCCGGAAGGCCGUCAACCCUGCUCAAGAGCGCCAGCCGCGGUGUCGUGUGGUCGAACAGUCCAGACUGGCCCGUCGUGGUCGAAGUCCUUGCUGGUGUGAGGAAACAAGAGAUUGAGGGUCCGGGAUUGGAGCAAGGAACAAUUUGCCUGGAAGUGAGCGGCGACGAUACGUACCGACAAGUGACCUUUGUCAAGCCUCAAGCAUCAGAGUAA